AUGCACACACAAUAGCAACUCAAGCAGCAACGAAGCAACUAACCAUUUUGAAACCUCUCUCUCUCUCUCUCUCUCUCUCUCUCUCUCUCUCUCUCUCCUUUUUGUAAUUUUCUUCAUUGCAAAUUUUCCAUGCCUUCCCAAGCCAACCAGCAGCUUCACUUUGUCUUGUUUCCUUUCAUGGCACAAGGCCAUAUGAUUCCUAUGAUGGAUAUCGCAAGACUAUUAGCUCAACAAGGUAUAAUUGUCACCAUAGUCACUACACCUCUUAAUGCUGCUAGAUUUAAAACUGUUAUUGCUCGUGCCAUAAAUACUGGCCUCAGAAUCCAAGUGUUCGAGCUUCAAUUUCCCUUCGACAAAACAGGAUUGCCAGAAGGGUGUGAGAAUUUUGACAUGCUCCCUUCAUUUGAGAUGUCCAUCAACCUGUUCACAGCAGCUUGUGAACUUGAGCAGCCAGUUGAAAAAUUGUUUGAAGAGUUAGAUCCCAGGCCAAGCUGCAUAAUUUCUGAUAUGUGCUUUCCUUGGACAGUUAACAUAGCUAACAAGUGGAGGAUUCCUAGAAUUUCUUUCAAUGGUUUCUGUUGCUUUUGUAUGCUGUGCAUGAAUAACAUUUUCGCUUCCAAAAUCUUAGAAACCAUAACUUCAGAAUCAGAAUACUUUGUUGUUCCUGGCUUGCCUGAUCAUAUUGAGCUGACUAAAGACCAGCUUCCAGGACCAAUGUCCAAAAAUCUGGAAGAGUUCCAUAGUCGGAUUCUUGCAGCUGAACAGCACAGCUAUGGAAUAAUUAUAAACACAUUUGAGGAGUUGGAGGAAGCAUACGUUAAGGAAUAUAAGAAAGCAAAGGGAGAUAACAGAAUUUGGUGCAUCGGUCCUGUUUCAUUAUGCAAUAAAGACGCAUUGGACAAGGCUGAAAGAGGCAACAAGACAUCAGUUAAUGAACACGAAUGCUUAAAAUGGCUUGAUUCAUGGCAAUCAGGUUCUGUAGUUUAUGCCUGUCUUGGAAGUAUUAGCAAUCUAAUUCCUGCACAGAUGGUAGAACUUGGCGUAGGCUUAGAGGCAUCAAACAGACCAUUUAUUUGGGUCAUAAGGGGAGGUGACAAGUCUAGGGAAAUAGAGAAAUGGAUUGAAGAGAGUGGAUUUGAGCAGAGAACGAAAGGAAGAGGUCUUCUGAUUCGCGGCUGGGCGCCACAAGUACUGAUAUUAUCACAUCCUGCAAUUGGAGGUUUUCUGACACAUUGCGGUUGGAAUUCAACAUUGGAAGCAAUAACUGCCGGAUUGCCUAUGGUUACAUGGCCACUUUUCGCGGACCAAUUUUGUAAUGAGAAGUUGGUUGUUCAAGUACUGAAGAUUGGUGUUAAGAUAGGAGUGGAGGUUCCUGAGAAGUGGGGAGAGGAACAGAAGCUUGGCGUAUUGGUAAAGGCAGGCGAUAUUAAGAGGGCUGUGGAUAAACUGAUGAGAGAAGGAGAGGAAAGGGAUGAAAGAAGAAAAAGGGCUAAAGAGCUUGGAGAGUUGGCAAAGAAGGCAACUGAGAAAGGAGGGUCUUCUUAUCUCAAUCUCAGAAGUCUAAUCCAAGAUAUCAUGCAGCAAAGCAACCAUGAGCAACCUGCCUAAGACAGAAAGAUUCAGAUUCUGCUUCUUCCCUUUUCUUUUCCCCUUUUCUUUUAAAGUACAUCUACAGAACAGCUCAGGACAAUAAAGAAAAAUGGAAAAAGAAAAGGUCCAUUUCAGAGCUGAAUAUACUUUUCCACCUUGAAACUUCCACUAAAUCUGUAAGCAAUUGCUAAACUGCAGUCUGCCGAAGUUUGAAACUCUAUUGCUUGACCACAACGCAGUUUACUGCAAUUCAAAGACGGAUUACAGCCUUCAGCUAUUCGGAUAA